GCGAAGCAUAGUAUGCCACGUUUUGAGUAACCCUCACAUGGUUCAUAACAAUUACACCGCUGCUUGAAUAGUGAAGGAUUGAUAGGAGUGAGUAUAAUGGGCUCUGUUAGGCGUAGGGCUACUACAUUGUGAUAGAAAUAGUCUGCGAGUCCAAGCUAUCAGUGUUGCUCAAGAUAAAGUUGCGUCGUGCACUCUGAAGCGAUCGCGCAUACCCUCAAGACAUUGAUACUCUAGCUAUAGGACAGCUGUGCAGUGAACUAGCCGGCUCUGUUAUUGAAUAAACUUACAAGUUGGAGUCAACAGCAAGGACACUGUUUCUGUGCGUUGCAUUAUAAACAGAAAUUGUCAAACUGAAAUUGUGCUAAGAAAGCCUUGGCUACUUUCGAUUCAAAAGCUCAGGACAGCAGCACCAUAUGCUUUAUAUGUGUGACUGUAAACUAUUCUCACACUGAAUACAACUGUGUCAAAUAUAUCUUGACUGGCUUGGCAAUGUCAUGCAAGCCUGCUCUGGAAAGAAUAAUUAUAUCAUGGUAUCAAGUGUUGUAAAACCUGGCAAGAACAAUUACUCUCAACAUUCUACUGCAAUGCCUAGCAAGAUUGACUCACCACCGGCACUGUCAACAGCAACCCAAGUGGUUCACUCGAAAGUAUCAAAUGGAACUCUCAGCCCCCCCAGCUCCCCCCAGAGGGUUACAAGAUCGAGACUUCGGUUUCAGAAGGAGCAGAAGAUGACUACUAAAACUCAAGGAGCCAGUAGCAACGAUGCCACCUCAAUCACAAACCAAGAGCGCUUGGUGUGCCCUGAACUGGCUAUAAACUAUGCAAACACUGUCAUUUCCUCUCGGCUGGGCACACUCAACACUCAACAAGCAGAACUCGAGUCCAAGAUGGUCAGACUGAGUGGGAGAUUACGUCACAAACAACUGCAAUUGGCAAAUAGCCAUGCUCGAAAACAACUCGACUUCUACGACCACAAGCAGUCAACCAAAAGAAACAACUCUGCGUUAUCAACCACAGAUGUAUCGGACAUGGAAGUUGACGUGACCAAAGCCCUGCCUAUUCAAGUUGAUGGCGCCAGUGAAGAAAGCACGCCCAAAUGUGAACUAAAGACGCUAUCUCCUAUCAAGGCUGAGGAUUCUUUUAGUAGUUUGGAGUCGUCGUUUCAAGAAGAAUGUGGCCUGGCUCAGAUUGAAGGAAGACUGGAGUUUGCAAGGCAGCUGGUAGACGAAGACGCUACUGAUUGCUCAUCAGAUGAGGAGACAGACAUGGAGAUAACAGCCAACCCUAGAUGUGAAAACCUCAAGAAAGAUUGGGAGCGAGUGCGAACUCUCAUUGGCUCAAAGUGGGCAUGGUUGGAACGUCGCAUCUCAGAACUCAACAAGCAAAUCUGUCACUUGGACUACAAGAUACAGCGUCGCCCUAAACGAGAGAGCACCACCUUUACAUCACCCAGGGCAACGACCUCAACUGCUCCCUAUCUUACCGUCUCAAACGGAGGGACUUUGCUGGAACAAAUUCACCGUUCAGGGCUCAAGGGGGGCAAUGGACUCAGCUCUCCGUUUCUACCGCAGCUGUUACUCCCUGGAGGGGGGGUAAGCAAUACAAAGCAGCUUCAGGUCAAGGAUUUGUUGGCCUCGUCAAGUCUGGGCAAGAAAUUUUCUCUGCUUAUGGAGGAGUCUGGCGAUGGGUGUGCUAGAACAAGGCGAGUGCCUUUAGAGAGAAGAGCCAAACGCAAGAUGAUUCGGAAGACUCCAGCUCGAGGGCGUCCCAAGAGAGAGGGUUUAGCAAGCCUAGAUCCGUCCUACCAUCCUAAACUGUCUCUGCCACAUGAGCUACCAUCGAGGUUGUUGCUAGAUACGCCAGUGAAGCAGGUCCUCCAAGAGCACGCAUACGCCAGGCAGCCUCUGAGCAAGAGGAGAAAGGCUGCCUGCUCCCUGACCCAUCUCUUCACUCCACGCCCUUACAAGCCAGAGCCCUCCUCAAGCCCCUCCCCUAUGGCCACACCCUCGUCAGCUUCCUCUGCAAUCAGUAAAGUGAAUUCUCGUCGUAAAAUGUACCAAUUGACACACCAGUCAUCGUCCAUGGAUCUGUUUGGUCCCAUCUCUCCACCCACUCGGCCGGACACACCCUCUCAACCCCCACCAAAGAAGAAGCGGGCUCUGACCUCUACUCCCUCCUUUGAUAUAGACAAUAUUGUCAUUCCCUACUCUAUGGCUGCUAGUACCAGGCUGGAGAAGGUCGAGUACAAGGAGAUCGUCACCCCACGCUGGAGAGAGGUCGAAAAGAACGACAAAACAUCACCUGGGUUCAGAAUACAACCAGUCGAACCAACCUCGGAGACAACUGAGAAUGCUGACGACAACACUUCAGAAGAAGAAGACAUCUCUUACGAAGCAAUUCUAAAAAGACACGAGAAGUGUGAGCAGCAAGAGCAGAAAAGAUUCAUGAACUUCAUUUCUGGUGGCAGUAGUGGUCAGAAAAAACAACGCAAUAGACCCAGUAGUAGUUCAAACGGUACCCCUGAUCCUCUCUCUUUCAGCAGUCCCCUACCAUUCAGCAGCACUUCCUCCAGGAGAAGAGGUUUUGAAAGUCCGAUUCCUUCGGAGGCCGACUUGUACGCCAGUCAGUACAUUGGGAUAUUACCUUGGCAACCGAGGGAUUUUCCCCUGGUAGAGGAGGAUAUUGAUGCACUCACGAACCCUCCCCCUCCUCCAAAUGUCGUCAGAGGUCUGCUUUCCCCUCAGUCCUUUUCCGAUUAUCAAUUCAAAUCUCGCACACCUAGUAUCGCGUCCACAUUAGCCACACCUCUUUCGAGCCCCAUCUCAACGCCCAAUGAGGAGACCCCUUCAAUUAGUCCCACUGAGUGGAUGGUGGUGAGCUCACAGUUGAAUGAGAAGACAUACUCAUACUGCAAACCUGCCAAUGGCAGUCACUUUGUUCUCAAGCUGUCGAAACGUGCAUAACUCUAUUAUAGCCAAGUCCAAUUUAUUCCCAUCACACGAUCAUCUUAUGAUGCAUGCUGCAUAUGAUAUCUUUCUUUCUGUUGUGUUCCGUCAAUCGACUCUUCAUUUUCAGUAUACUAUUAAAUGCCUCAGUCAAAACUUGAUUUGUGUUCAAGUGCAUAUACCCUCUCAGUGUUGGCAACACCCUGUAUGAAUUAUAUAAUUUAUACAUAACAAAUUAAUUUUAAUCAUAA